AUGAUUCUGCUCGAGACGAAACAACAGGAUUGUCGAGGAGCUUUGGCUCUGACCGAGAGUGCGUCCAACGGGAACAAGCCUGAUACUGUAGAAGUCACGUUUGCUGAUUUCGAUGGUGUCCUCUACCACAUCUCCAACCCCAAUGGAGAAAAAUCAAAGGUGAUGGUCAGCAUUUCUCUGAAGUUCUACAAGGAGCUGCAAGACCAUGGAGCAGACGAGCUGCUGAAGAGAGUCUAUGGGAAUUUCAUGGUGUCGCCUGAAGCAGGUUACAACGUUUCUCUUCUGUAUGACCUGGACAAUAUCCCUGCAAAUAAAGAAGAAGUGAUCCACCAGGCUGGCAUUCUGAAACGCAACUGCUUUGCCUCUGUGUUUGAGAAGUACUUCAAAUUCCAGGAGGAGGGCCGGGAGGGCGAGAAGAGGGCCGUCGUCCACUACAGAGAGGAUGAGACAAUGUAUCUUGAAGCGAAGAAGGACAGGGUAACCGUGGUUUUCAGCACAGUGUUCAAGGAUGAUGAUGAUGUAAUAAUUGGGAAGGUGUUCAUGCAGGAGUUUAAGGAGGGUAGGCGUGCCAGCCACACAGCUCCUCAGGUCCUGUUCAGUCACAGAGAGCCUCCCCUUGAGCUGAAGGACACUGACGCUGCUGUCGGAGACAACAUUGGGUACAUCACCUUUGUUCUGUUCCCUCGCCACACCAGUACAAAUGCCAGAGACAACACCAUCAACCUCAUCCACACCUUUAGGGACUACCUGCACUACCACAUAAAGUGCUCCAAGGCUUACAUUCACACUCGCAUGAGGUCCAAGACUUCAGACUUUCUGAAAGUACUGAACAGAGCCCGUCCUGACGCAGAGAAGAAGGAGAUGAAGACUAUCACGGGGAAGACUUUUGCAUCUCGUUAAGAAGACAGCGCUCAAACAGCUGGAUCUGCCAUGUCACCAAGCACAAGCGCUCUACACUAUUCUGGUCCAGUACAAAAGCCUCCAGUUGGCCAGUAAAUUCCAUUUCGUAGGAGAAGUUG